GUAUAGACAAACCCAACAACGCACCUUUCCCCUCCCAAGGCCAAGAAAUCUCCAAGCCCUGGGACAUUCCCAGCCAUGGCGCCUCGACGCCGCCGCGACAAACCACAGCGCUCCUCCCCUCCUCCGCCUCCUCCCAUGCCGCCCGGACGCCGCCGCCGCGACUCCCCUCCUCGCGUGCCGCCCGAACGCAGCCGCGGCGACUCCCCUCCUCGCGUGCCGCCCGAACGCAGCCGCGGCGACCGCCGCGACCAGCGAUACUCUUGGUUCUCCUAUCCUCUUCCCAACGGCGAAGAAAUUCUUGUCUACAAAGAUAAGGAUGGGGUUCUCUUCACCGACCAUGGCGGGCCGACACGACCCGUCCAAGAUGUCAUCAGGGAAUUCCGCUCCAUCCACAGCCGCGACCCUCCACCGCCGACUGUUGAUGAAUCUGACUCCAAACGCCCCGAGGAAGAUCAACAAAAGGCCACUCCGAGCCCUGGACCAUCCCCAGCGCAAUACACCAAGGAAUAUCAACAAGCGGCCACUCCAGACCCUGCACCAUCCCCAUCGCAAUACAUCCAGGAAGAUUCGCCUGCACCUCAGCAAACGCCCACUCCAAACCCUGGACCCUCCGCAGCACAAUUCUGGGCUGGUCUGCUGGACAAAGCUUUUGCUGAACACAAGCUGGAGAUGGCUCAAAGGCGCAAGGAGUUGCUUGAGGCUACAAAAUUGGAAGAAUCGUCAAUCACUAAUGCUUCCUCUUCCUCUUCUUCUCUGUCGCAGUCUCCUUUGAGCAAGGAGUUGCUUGACACUACAAAAGUGCCGGAAUCAUCCAUCACUGAUGCAUCUUCCAUCUCUCUGCCACAGCCUACACCGCUCUUGAAGGAGUUGUUUGACACUAUAACACUGGACAAAUCGUGCAUCACUAGCGUUUCUCCUUCUCUGCUGCAAUCUCUAUUGUCUGGGGUGCCAGAUCCCUUGGCAUUGAAGCUUGACAAGGCUCUCAUGUCGUCUUCAUUUGUUUCUUCCUUGGUGCCCACUGGUCUUUUUAUAAAAUAUUUUGUCAGAGUUGACAAGGAGGGAUUUUUCCAUACAUAUCCUGACCGUGGAGGGCCAUUUCAGACCUUAGAGAAAGCCCAGGAAGCUAUUGAUUCACAUCACGUUGUUCAGCGAGAAAUGAUGUGUAUGGAUGGCCUUUCUGAUGAGGAGAGGGCCAUACGGAACACUCUAUACUGGUAUCAUGAUGGCACAAGGAAGCACUCAGCAGAAGCCUUUGCUUCCUGUACGACCCGUAACUCAACACGGGAAUUGCUUAAAGCUUUACUAGACAUACACAACGAGGACAAUGAUCUUCUGGGGGAUCGUGCAUAUGAACUAAAAGAUAUUGUGAGUGACAAUUCAUGUUUUGAUGGGAAAGACUGCAUUUAUAGCUCUUAUUCUCAUUUCAAUCUGACCAUGAAGACUAAAGGAGCUGAUCCCAACAACGAUAUAUAUUUUGCUGAAGUCACGUGUAUGAGUGACGAUUAUGAAGCAUAUGUGCUCACCUGUUUCUGCAUGGUUAAACCUGACCACAAUGGUGAAUGCGCUGUGUGUGAAGUUGAAAUGGAAGACAUUAAGCACCCUACUGAUGAUGUAUACAAUCAUGGUCGCCGCAACAAGUUUCAUGUUUAUAGAUCACGCUGUCAUUCUCGUGCACAUGGAGUUGAUUUAUUUGAGCAGCUAUUUGCCGUGCGUGAUGAGGCUUGGCUGGUAGAAGAGGAGGCUAGGGUGAGAUGCAUGAUUAAGGAAGGGAAGGAUGCUAGGAGCAGCAAGUUGGAGGUGGACAGAGGGGAUGGCAUGAUUAAGGAAGGGAGGCGCAAUUUUGAGGUGGACAAUAUCCUGAAGGUGGCUAGUCGCAAGUUGAGUGGGGACAACAUCCUGAAGGAGGCUAGGCGCAGCGAGUUGGAGGUGGAUAACCGAGGGGAUGUCAUGAUUAAGGAAGGGAAGGAGGCUAGGCGCAGCAAGUUGGAGGUGGACAACAUAGGGGAUGACAUGAUUAAGGAAGGGAAGGAGGCUAGGCGCAUCAAAUUAGAGGUGGACAACAGAAGGGAUGACCAUGCAAAGAGGGAUAAGUAUGUCGUACCGGCUCGACGAAAAUCGGUUGAAUGCCAUCUAUCCAGAGUCUGUAUCUAACGGCCGGUCAACUAAUGUUCUUGAUUGGCGCGGUUGGCAUGGAAUGGUGCCUUUAUAUGUGUCCCUAGGAGAGUACUGACCUGAAGCUGCAAUCUAACGUCAUCUAUCCAGAGUCUGUAUUUGACAGAGCAUUUAUAUGGACGUGAUUGGUAGGUCGUAGGACCUUGAAACAGGCCACGGGGGGCAAAUUUUGGCCUGUUUGGUUGCUCACGACACCCCUGCGUAGCAGUCAACGGGGAAAACCUAUUUAUCGCUUAUAUUAGCCAGGUUAUAAGGCA